AUGGCAAAUCUAAGCCACCCAUCUGAAUUCAUCCUGUUGGGUUUCUCAACCUUUGGUGAGCUACAAGUGGUUCUCUAUGGACCCUUCCUGGUACUUUAUCUUUUGGCUUUCAUGGGAAAUGUUAUCAUCAUUGCUAUGGUCUUUGCUGAUGCCCACCUACACACCCCCAUGUAUUUCUUCUUGGGGAAUUUUGCCUUACUGGAGAUCUUGGUCACCAUGACAGCAGUGCCCAAGAUGCUUUCAGACCUCCUUGUCUCCAACAAGACAAUUUCCUUUACCUCCUGCAUGGUCCAAUUCUAUUUCUACUUUUCGUUUGGCUCUACCUCCUUCCUCAUCCUGGCAGACAUGGCUCUGGACCGCUUCAUGGCCAUCUGCCACCCUCUACGCUAUGGUACCCUUAUGAGCUGGGCAGUAUGUGCCUGGAUGGCAGGGACAGCUUGGGCAGCACCCUUCCUGGCCAUGGUGCCCACUGUUUUCUCCCGGGUGCAGCUUUCCUAUUGCCAUGGCAACAUCAUUAACCACUUCUUCUGUGACAAUGCCCCACUGCUACAGCUAACCUGCUCAGAUACAUCCCUUCUAGAGUUCUGGGACUUCAUUUUGUCUUUGGCCUUUGUCCUUAGCUCCUUCCUUAUCACCCUUAUUUCCUAUGGCUACAUCGUGACCACUGUGUUGCGUAUUCCUUCUGCAAGUGGUCGCCAAAAGGCUUUCUCUACCUGUAGUUCCCACCUCACCCUGGUCUUCAUUGGCUAUAGUAGUACAAUCUUUGUCUAUGUUCGACCUGGAAAGACUCACUCUGUGGAACUCAAUAAGAUGGUGGCCUUAGUCACUUCCAUCGUGACCCCUGUCCUUAAUCCCUUCAUCCUCACUUUCCGCAAUGAAACAGUAAAGACUGUUAUCCGAGGACAGAUUCAGAGGCUAAAGGAUUUGAAGAAUUCACCAUGA